AUGAGCCAUUCUACUUCCAAGAUCAUCUUCUACGAGGACAGGAACUUCGGCGGCCGCUAUUAUGAGUGCAUGAGCGACUGCUCCGACCUGCACUCCUACUUCAGCCGCUGCAACUCCUGCAGGGUGGAAAGUGGAUGCUGGAUGAUUUACGAGCGCCCCAACUACAUGGGGUACCAGUACUACCUGAACCGUGGGGAAUACCCCGACUACCACCGCUGGAUGGGUUUCAAUGACUGCAUUCGCUCCUGCCGAAUGAUCCCCAUGGUGAGUAUGCGUGGGUCACACAGAAUGCGCAUCUAUCAGAGGAUGGACUUUGGAGGCCAGAUGAUGGAGCUGAUGGAUGACUGCCCCAACAUGAUGGACCGCUUCCACUGGUCUGACUGCCACUCCUGCCAUGUGAUGGAUGGCCACUGGCUGUUCUACGAGCACCCCCACUACAGGGGCCGGAUGUACUACAUGAGGCCUGGGCAGUACAUGAGAUACAGCGACUGGGGUGCCAUGAACUCCAGGAUCGGCUCCAUCAGGCGCAUCAUGGAUUACUGA